GUAUUUUUCCAAAGUAAACUCUCUAUUUAUUGCAUUCAACCUCAACCCCAACUAUCUCCUAUUUCUCCUUCUCUUUUUCUUUAUAUACUUUUUAUUUAUUAAUACAUAUAAUUCUUUCUUCCAAAUAUAUUCUUCACCAGCCCUAGUUUCUAUAAGCAAAUAUCUUCAUCAUUUUACCCACAAAAAAAAAAAAAAAACAAAAAAACAAAAAAAAGCAAUUUUUUUCAUCAUAUACAUAAAAUACCACUUGAAGGCUGUCUGCAUUGUGUGUGUGUAUAUAUAUAUAUAUACACAGUUUGGAGCUCAUUUUUUCUGACAGUUUUAGUAGGGUCUAAAAUGUCGACGAAUAAUAUUUACACUGUGAAGGUUGAGGAAUCAAGGCCGGCAACCGAGAAGAGGCCGUCGGCGGGACCUGUUUAUCGAAGCAUUUAUGCAAAAGAUGGUCUAAUGGAAUUGCCAGAAGGUCUCUAUUCCCCAUGGCAGUUCUUCAGUGACUCUGUUAAGAGGAGCCCAAACUGCCCAAUGCUGGGAAGACGACAAGUCACCGAUUCAAAGGCCGGUCCCUAUGUAUGGCUUACAUAUCAGGAGGUUUAUGAUUCAGCUAUUCGUCUAGGAUCUGCCAUUAGAAGCAGAGGUGUCAAUCCCGGGGAUCGUUGUGGUAUAUAUGGAUCAAAUUGCCCCCAGUGGAUCAUGGCAAUGGAGGCCUGUUAUAGCCAUUGCAUAACAUAUGUUCCAUUAUAUGACACCCUAGGUCCAAAUGCAAUCGAGUUUAUCAUCAACCAUGCCGAAGUUUCUUUAGUAUUUGUUCAAGAAAACAAAAUCCCUUCUAUUCUAUCAUGCUUGUCAAACUGUUCUACACAUUUAAAAACAAUUGUAAGCUUUGCAAAUGUUUCAAGCAUGCAAAAGAAGGAAGCCGAGGAAUUGGGUGUGUCUUGCUUUUCUUGGGAGGAGUUCUCUAACUUGGCAAGUUCAAGUUAUGAACUACCUCCAAAACAGAGCGGUGACAUUUGCACAAUAAUGUAUACCAGUGGAACAACUGGAGAACCAAAAGGUGUCAUUCUUACUAACGAGGCAAUCAUGGCAGAGGUGUUAUCUGUGGAAGAAAUGUUUCAACUUACAGGAAAAGGGUUCACAGAAGAAGAUUCAUACUUUUCAUUCCUUCCUUUGGCACAUAUAUAUGAUCAAAUAAUUGAGAACUAUUGCGUCUACAAGUCCUCCUCAAUAGGCUUUUGGCAAGGCGAUGUCAGGUUUUUGAUGGAUGACAUUCAGGAACUGAAGCCAACUGUAUUUUGUGGGGUUCCUAGAGUUUAUGAUCGUAUAUACACUGGUAUAUUAAAUAAAAUUUCAUCUGGAGGGACAUUGCAGAAGACAUUGUUCCAAUAUGCAUAUAACUACAAGUUAGCAAAUCUGGAGAAAGGUCUGCCACAAGACAAAGCAGCACCACUCUUAGACAAGCUUGUCUUUAACAAGACAAAGCAAGCUUUAGGCGGACGAGUUCGUAUCUUGUUGUCCGGUGCUGCACCAUUGCCUAGGCAUGUGGAGGAAUUUCUGAGGGUUGCCAGCUGCUCUACUUUGUCUCAAGGAUAUGGACUAACUGAAAGCUGUGGUGGGUGUUUAACAUCCAUAGCCAAUAUACACUCUAUGGUGGGAACUGUUGGAGUCCCCAUGACAACCAUUGAAGCAAGGCUUGAGUCGGUUCCUGAAAUGGGUUACGAUGCACUUGCCAGCGUGCCACGUGGAGAGAUUUGCCUGAGAGGAAAAACCUUGUUUUCUGGUUACCAUAAGAGAGCUGAUCUAACUGAAGAAGUCCUUGUUGAUGGGUGGUUUCAUACAGGUGACAUUGGAGAGUGGCAACCUGAUGGAGCGAUGAAAAUUAUAGACAGGAAAAAGAAUAUAUUUAAGCUAUCACAAGGAGAAUAUGUUGCUGUGGAGAACAUCGAAGGAAAAUACUUGCAGUGCCCUCUUAUAACAUCAAUUUGGGUCUACGGGAACAGCUUCGAGUCGUUUCUUGUGGCUGUGGUCGUUCCAGAGAGAAGUGCACUGGAGAAAUGGGCUGAAAAUUAUAAUCUGACUGAUGAUUUCAAAUCACUGUGUCAAAACCAAAAGGCAAGGAAAUACGUUCUGGAUGAGCUGAAUAGCACUGGUCAGAAACAUAAACUUCGAGGUUUUGAGAUGUUAAAAGCAGUUCACUUGGAACCAAAUCCCUUUGACAUGGAGAGGGAUCUCAUAACUCCAACUUUUAAACUGAAAAGGCCACAAUUGUAUAAAUUUUACAAGGACUGCAUCGAUAAGUUGUACACUGAAGCAAAGGGAACAAAAAAAUGAUAGAAAUGUUGGAAGUUGGAGCCGGCCUAAAAUUAUGAGUCUCUGAUUUUAUCUGCCUGGGAAAUUGUAGCCAUAUAAGUAGCUCUGUGUUGUCAACGAGAGUCUUUGUAACUAAUUCUUGUCCAUGUUUGUCAAUAAAUAAGGGAAUACAUGGAUUUCUUAUUAGAAA